AUGAGAAGGUAUGAAAGAUAGAAUGAAAGAUAAAAGGAAAUAAAACUAAGUGAGAAUUAAAAAUUUUUAAGUUUUUCUUUGGAGGCCCCUUCAAAAUAAUUAAAAUUUAUGCCAAAUACAUAUCCUGGAUUGCCAUCAUAUUAUCAAACACCAUAUGAAGAUUAUUUAAGAUUCUAUAAAUAAAAAGAUGAAACAAUCGAGAUUUAAGACUUAAGUAUAUAGUUGAUUAAAGAGAGUCAAUUAAAAUGAAGAAAAGCAUGAGAUGAACACUUUCCUAUAGAGUUUUAGAUUAAAGAAUGGUGCAAAGAAAGGAAUGGGACCAGGUAUUAGUAGAUAAAUGUUUUCUGGAUUAUCAAUAAUAAGACCAGGAAAUAUUUCAAGUAAUUAAGAUAUGAUAAAUGGAACAUUAAGAAGUAUGAAUGGAGGGGAAUUAAGCAGUAUAGCUUAGGAAGUACCAUAAAAUUAAAGUUUAAUAAGAGUUGAAGAGAAUAUUUUGAAUAUUUUUAAUAUGAGAGAGGAAGUUGAUAAAAUUUAUAAAAAACUAAUAAAUUGA